GCCAUUGCCGCUUGGCUGUGCUGUUUGGAGAGAAGGAGGAAGUCUGCAGAGCCAGCUUUCAGUGGAUAGCAUUCUAACAGUGACAAUCUGUUAACAUAAGGAGUUAUUAUUAGUAACGAUCUAAGAGGAUUACGCCUACAAUCAAAUCUGACAUCGGACAACAAAGAGAAGAAAGGUUUUUAUGUUUUUAAUCUUCGAAUAUGGAUAUGCUAACCACUGUGUUCGCUGUAUAGAUCUGGGAUCCACCAUGUUUGUAGGAAUGGAAUGAAAGGAGACCCUGGCUGCUUUGACACACCUGAAGAAAUAGUCCAGACAAAACACAGUCCAUACUGGAGGAAAGAAAUUGAUCAAAACCAUUGAAAAAAGCUCUGACCCACCAACCAGGUGAUCUGGAAUGAUCACCAUCUUGAUUUAUUAUUCCCAACACUGACCAAGUUAGCAAUGAGUGCGCAUAUAUAAUGGCCAAGAAUAAGGAUGCACGUUCCCUGACAUUUUCAGUCAGUGUGGUUGGCCUCUCUGGGACAGAAAAAGAGAAGGGCAAUUGUGGGGUUGGCAAGUCCUGCCUAUGCAAUCGGUAUGUGCGUCCAGAUGCAGACAACUACUACUCAGAGCACACCUCAGUGCUUAGUACAAUAGAUUUUGGUGGACGUGUUGUCAACAAUGACCACUUCCUGUACUGGGGGGAAGUGAACAUUCGCGGGGAGGAGGGUUUGGACUGUAAGAUCCAAGUCAUUGAACAGACUGAGUUCAUUGAUGAUCAAACGUUUCUUCCACAUCGAAGUACCAAUCUACAGCCAUAUACCAAACGUGCUGCAGCAACUAAGCUCCAGUCAGCAGAGAAACUUAUGUACAUCUGCACAGACCAGCUAGGCUUGGAGCAAGACUUUGACCAGAGGCAGAUGCCUGAUGGGAAACUGAGCAUUGAUGGCUUCGUUCUCUGUGUUGAUGUUAGCAAGGGUUGUAAUAGGAAAUUUGAUGACCAAAUGAAGUUUAUUAGCAGCCUUUACUCACAAAUCGUUAAGUCAAAAAAACCCAUUGUUGUUGCAGCAUCAAAGUGUGAUGAAUGUGUCGACCAGCACUUGAGGGAACUACAGACCUUUGUUGCCACCAAGAAAAACCUGAUCUUAAUUGAGACAUCUGCUCGUUUUAAUGUCAAUAUAGAGCACUGCUUCAAUGCUCUUAUUCAGCAGAUUGAUAAAACAAAAGGAAAGCCUAAAACUAUACCAUACCUGGAUGCCUAUAAAAUCCAACGACAGCUUGUUGCCUCUGUAACAGACAGGUUUGAAAGGCUCAUGGUACAAACAGUGAGAGACUAUCAUAUCACGUGGAAAACAGUCGCAAAUAACUUGAAGGGUCAACCAGACUAUGAUGAGUUCAUCACCUUGGAGGGAUCCCGAAAAGCUUGCAACAUGUUCACAAAGCAUAUUGCACAACUGAAGCAGGAGCAUAUUAAACGCAGACGAGAAGAGUACUUGGUAACACUUCCAAAAACCCUUAACAAUAUUUUCUGCAGUCUUGAGGAAGUUGAACACCUCUCAUGGCCUGAAGCACAGAGUAUAAUACGCAACCGCAGUGAUUUCCAGUGUUGGUUUGUGAUGCUUGAUCACACACCUUGGGAUGAGACGGACCACAUUGAUAAUAAUGAUCGCAGAAUACCCUUCGACCUCCUCAAUACACCUGAUGGGGAGAGAAUUUACUAUGCUCAUGUCCAGCAUCUAAUAUCUGAGAAAAGAAGGGUGGAGAUGAAAGAUAGGUUCAAGAAGACUCUGGAAAGGGUUCAUUUUAUCAGUCCAGGGCAAGCUUGGGAGGAAGUCAUGUGUUUUGUCAUGGAAGAUGAAGCCUACAAGUACAUCACUGAAUCUGACAGAAAGGAUGUUUACUGUAAGCACCAGCAAGAAAUAGUUGAAAAGGCUAAAGAGGAUUUUCAGGAGAUGCUGUUUGAGCAUGCUGAGCUUUUUUAUGACUUGGACCUGAAUGCAACUCCAAGUUGUGACAAGAUGACAGAAAUUCACAGUGUGCUUAAUGAGGAGCCCAGAUACAGAGCAUUGCAGAAACUUGCCCCAGAUAGAGAGUCCCUUCUCUUAAAACACAUUGGCUUUGUCUACCAUCCCACUAAGGAAACAUGUUUAAGCGGACAGAACUGCGUAGAUCUGAAAGUAGAGCAGGUUUUGGCUAACAGACUGGCACAGGUAGACCAUGGACGCUCAAAUCUCUACUAUAGCAGUGCCAAUAUUGAAAAGAUUAACCUUUGUCUUCUUGGAAAAGAUGGUCUUUCGCAGGAGCUAGCAAAUGAGAUCCGAGCUCAGUCCACAGAUGAUGAGUACACAGUUGAUGGUAAAAUUUAUGAGCUUGAGCUUCUUCCUGUGGAUGUCAACUCCACUCUGCUUUUCAGUCACACAUGGGCAGCCACUUUCAAGCCUCAUGGCUGCUUUUGUGUUUUCAACUCCAUGGAGUCUCUUAACUGCAUUGGCGAUUGCAUUGGAAGGAUCAGAGCUGAGAUACCACAGAAUCGACGAGAUCAAUUUGGCCUGCCGCUUCCUUUUAUACUAAUUCUAUCCAGUCAGAGAGACAGUGUUUGUAAAAACAUACCCAUUCUGAGGCACCAAGGCCAACAGCUUGCAAACAAGUUGCAGUGCACCUUUGUAGAUGGUCCUUCUGGAGUUUUUCCUCGAAAAUUCACAGAGUUCCAGAUUAAGCAGGGGUUGAGAGCAGUGCUGGAGAAUAUGAAGCAUAACUUUGAUGUCUUGGCACCCCUUCCCUGUAUAAAAGACAUGGCUGAGACGGACCUUAGAAUAGUCAUGUCUGCUAUGUGCUGGGAUCCUUUUAGUGUUGAUCUUAUUCUCUCACCUUUCUUAGAUUCCCAUUGCUGUAGUGCUGGACAGCCAGGCCAAAGCAAUACCCUCAUACUUGACAAGAUUAUUGGGGAAGGCCGAAAAAGGAUUCAAGUCACAAUACUUUCAUACCACUCUGCUAUUGGUGUCCGCAAAGAUGAACUUGUGCACGGCUAUAUUCUGGUCUACUCUGCCAAACGUAAGGCAUCAAUGGCAACCCUUCGGGCGUUCUUGGCUGAAGUCCAAGAUGUGAUCCCUGUCCAGAUGGUGGCAAUUACAGAUAGCCAGGCUGACUUCUUUGAGAAUGAUGCCAUUAAAGAACUGAUGACUGAAGGGGAGCACAUUGCCACAGAGAUUGCUGCCAAAUUUACAGCACUCUAUUCUCUGUCACAGUAUCACCGCCAGACAGAAGUUUUUACACCCUUUUUCAAUGAGGUGUUAGAAAAAAAGCCAAACAUUGAAAAGGCCUUUCUGCUUGAUAGCUCCUCGCGUGACUGCACCUCUGGAGCCAGUGAAGAUGUUUUCCCCACAUCACCCCAUAGCAAUUUGCCAGCUUACAACACCUAUUAUCUUGAAUCUGAUGAUGACAAUGAGGCUCCUCCACCUUACAGUCCAAUUGGUGAUGAUGUUCAACUUCUCCCCACACCCAGUGAGCGGGCAAAGUACAGGAUUGACCUAGAAGGAAAUGAGUACCCUGUUCAUAGCACUCCUACCGGAGACCAAGACCGCAACCACAAAGUGCCCCCACCAGUCAGGCCUAAACCUGUGCACCCUAAGCCUAAUGUGAAAAAGCUUGACCCAAACCUGCUUAAAACUAUUGAGGCCGGCAUGCGGAGCAAUCGCAGGGUGCCUCGUAGCCAAGUUCCUUAUACUGAAGAUGUGGAAGCUUCAGAUAACUAUGCAGAACCUGCUGACACUCUGGUUAGAUCGAGAGCCUUUCACAACGAUGACAUCUAUGUUGUGCCUGAAGACACACACAGCCGUCUAGUGAAAAUGAAAAACUCUUUUGGUCAUAGCCUUCAUUCAGCAGGAGAUGAAGAAAACGGAUUUGAUCGAAAGUCUCAGGCUGUGAGGCGCCCCUCUAAAUACAAGCAUCGUUCUAAGAUCCUGAUCAGCAAAACAAAGGCCUAUCAAAGACGUUUCCACUCUGACAGUGAUGGGGAGGACUUUUGCCCUGCCACACAGAAAAAGAAAAAAGGAAGAGCACACAGAGGCAGUGAGGAGGACCCACUACUCUCCCCAGCUGACCAAUGGAAGAUUGGUAUAGAUAAUCCUGCAAUCACAUCUGACCCUGAGCAGGAAGAUAAGAAAAUGAAAAAGAAGAAAACAUCUAAAAUGCCAAAGGACCAAAAAAAGCCCAAAUCGACCAAGCCCCCAAAGCCACUUUACCCACCCACUCGGAGAACCUGGGAUAGUAACUACUUUGGCGUUCCACUGCAGAAUCUGGUGACUCCAGAGCAUCACAUCCCUCUCUUUGUUGAAAAAUGUGUUGACUACAUAGAACGCACAGGUCUGACAACUGAGGGUCUUUAUCGUGUGAGUGGAAACAAGACAGACCAAGAUAACCUUCAGAAACUAUUUGAUCAAGAUCACAGCAUUGAUCUUGGGCAGAUGGACGUCGCUGUGAAUGCUGUAGCCGGAGCCCUGAAGGCUUUUUUUGCUGACCUACCCGACCCACUGAUCCCUUACGUUCUUCACCCAGAGCUAGUGGAAGCUGCAAAAAUCAUGGAUUACAUCGAACGGGUGCAGGUGUUGCGAGAGAUUGUGAAGAAGUUUCCUUCAAUCAACUACCAGGUCUUCAAAUACAUAAUUACACACCUUAACAGGGUGAGCCAGCACAGCAAGACUACGCUUAUGACAGCUGACAACCUGUCCAUUUGCUUCUGGCCCACUCUAAUGCGCCCUGAUUUUGAGAACAAGGACACACUGUCGACUACAAAGCUGAACCAGGCAGUCAUUGAAACUUUCAUCAUGCAGAGUGACUAUUUCUUCCAUGGAGGUGAAAUAGCAGAGAGCUCCAGCAGUGAGGGGACACCACCAGCACAUUGCCACAACAUGGUGGAGACGCUUCUCCCCCUGCAGCUGCCCCCACCUCUGCAACCACAACAGAUACACAUUGCACCCUGAUCCCACUCACUAAAGACACAACUGGCCAUUUUUGGACAUUAGGAGUUAUUAUGUGCUUCCAGCUGCAAUCUUCAGGAAAUGCUGGCUGUCAUAAUUGGCUCUUUGAAUUAGUGGCUGGUUGAUAUCAGCAAAAUACCUUAAUAACCAUCAGUUUAUAUUUUUUUCUUCUACCACUGGUCAUCUUCUUUCAACUAUUGGUUAUGCAAUUCAUGUCACAUUUUGGAAUGCAUUGUUUAGAUCUUAUUUCACAGUGGCUGAAUACAGUGAUGAAUUACCUGGUCUGAAUGGGCACAUAGGAUUUUUUUGGAGUUAGACAUAGUUUCAUGGAACACCUAGAACCUUUUGGGGUAACAAUUCAAUUGUCUUCUUCUUGAGAAAUUAGAUCAGGAUGUUUUUGCCAUGCUCUGCUUAACAGCUCCUGAGCACAACUUAAAGGAAGUUAAACAUUACAACUGCUACUCUAACCUCUAAACUCUGACACUGAAACACCGACCAAGGGGAUUAUAGUCUUCCUGCAAAUUUUGGUACAGGUUAUGUAAGCUUUGGUUACGGAUGAGACUCAACAUUAAAACUUAGAAACAGAAUUUUUGAAUGCCCUGCACCUUAAAAAAAACAACAAAAAACUCUGGGUUUUAACACUAAAUGACUUGAUAAAAAAAUACAUUUCCCACUACAUAACCUUAAAGGACAGUCAAUGUAUGAUUAUAUCAAUAGUCCAUGUAGUAAGUCCAUGUCUAUUUGCUUGUAUUGUUGUUAUUUUAUAUAUUAUGUAGCAUCUGAUUUAUAUCCAUGUUGUGCGUCUGAGCGGGUGUUGUUAUUAUGAUGCUGAUGAUAUAUCUGAUAUGUCAUUUGUAUUAAUUUACCUGUGGUCUGUAUUUCAACCUGUCUUUAUCUUCUCAUGAGACUAAAUGGGGCACAAAAGGGAAAUGAGAUAUAAACAUACAGACAUACAGGCUGAUAGCAAACUGUACAGGAGUACCAGACUACAGAACAUUAUUGCCGAGUGGUUUCAUUUCUGGUUAGAUUCUUACUCUUUAGCGAAGACCACUCAUGUCUUCUACAUAUUAGGUUAGACAAGCAGUGUCCCUGCCUACUCAUUUCUUUCACUUUAUGUGCUGUUUGUCUGAGAAACUGCAUGUUUUCUUCUACCUAAUUAAAAAAAGACAUCUUCACAAAAUUAACUGAAAAAACUAAAACAUAAGCCUUUGCUAGGAUCUGCAAGACUUUAUCUGGCUUUUUAAGGGCAAUAUUUCAACUUAAGAUGUUAAUGUUUGAAUUGUUUUUUGUUUAUGGGAGAAAUCAAGUCUUUAUAAAAAAAUUUUCUACAUAUAAAAUGGGUUUUCCAUGAAUAAAGGAAAGAGGUAUAUAUCUCUAUAUUAAAAAAUCGAAUUCUCUCAGCAGCACGACUUUCUGAUGCAAUGAAUUACCGCAGUUAACUCCAUUCUAAUCUGUCGUGAACUCCAGGUAUCUGUAGAAACACUAUCAUAUUGUUCUGAUAAUUUGAAUUUGAGCACACAUUUGGGGUGAGGGGAUUAUAACUUUCCAAAAUCUACAUCCAUAUUCUUUUGAUAACAGGAUAAAACAUUUAUUAUGGCGUAUUUUCUCAAUCUUUUGUCCAUCUCAAUAAUAAAUGUUGUUGCUGCUUAAUAGAUAUAUUACUUUAUUAUUUUACAACUUGAAAAAUGUAUCAAAAAUCUGCUAUUUUCAUUUUUUUUUCUCUAACCUUUUCUGAAAACUUUGUAAUUUUGUGGUACUUAUUCUCACUUGGAUCUACGUUUUAAAGGGAAGCUUCUAAUUCAAAAAUCACUAAGACUUUUUCUGUAAGAGUUUUCAGUAUGGAGAUUGUUAUAUAGAAUAUAGUUGCUCAGCAGAAGGUGAAAAUGACUUUGAAAGAAAGCAAUAUAUUUAUUUUUUAUGGCUCAUUAGUUCUAAGUUUUAUUUUUUUUUGGGGUGAUUUUUUUAAAUACAUUUUCCUGCAACUUUUUAAUUCUAAAUAAGACAAAUGGAAAAGUUUCACAGUUCUGGAGCCUCAUGUAUAAACCAUAUGAAUUCAGAAAAAACAUUGCGUUGAAAUAUUUCACUAACAACUGGGCAUGCUUAAAAGAUGUUUGAUAAUGUGUUGUAAUUUACACCAACCUUUUACCUGCAGUGAAACCAUGUGACAGUCGACACAAACUAUGAGAGUACUAAAGCUCUCUGAUAUUCAAUUAAAUAUGCAAACUCCAAUCUGUUUUUAUUGCAAGAAGCAUAAAGCCUCAUGUUUUUUUUCCAUUAAUUUGCGCUUUUAUGGAUUAAACCUUGAGAGAUGAAACAUCAAUCAUCACCAACAUUAAUCUCGUACAAUAUAUUAAUUUCGAAAAAUGAUCGAAGAAACCUUUGUCAAAUGUAAACUUGCUCUAAUUUUCAUGUGUAGAUUAAAAUGCACAUUCUGUGGGGUGCAGUGCAUGUACAGUAAAUAGGGCAGUAAUAUAUCAUUCUCACUGGUAUGAUAUUGCAGACAAGCCUGGUACGAUGAUCCCUCAGGUGGAAAAGGUGUAGACAAUCAGACACGCAUCCUUAUGUUACUGGACAAAGUUGCACGUGGCUUUCAAACUUCAGAUGAAUAUGACUAAGGGAAAAUUUCAGAGUAGCAUGUUUUCUCUGAUUGCACUGCUCUGCUGGUACUUAAUUUGUUGCUUAUCUGAUUUAGAGGUGAGUUAUUUUGGAACUCUGCUGAUUCUAAUGUAACAGAAAAAAAUUUAAAGGAACCAUGAUUUGGCUGUGCUACUUCAGUUUUUCACUUUGGUUGAGGGCCUUCCAAGUGGAGCAUUUGUUUAGAACCCAGUGGCCAUGCUUAUUUGGACAUGCAUGAGUUUUUCAGGUAUCAGUGCCACUUUGUAUAUUUAUUUGUUGGCUGCAACUGGAUAUCAAAGCCGUCCCUUUAGUUGUGCUAAAUUUCGCGUAAAUAAGGAUGUACAAAUAAUUAGUUUGCAGUAAUGUGAUUACGUGGUUUGGAUUUUACUACCUCUGCCAUUUAGUGUGAAAGCUGUGCACUCAUGAGACAUGAGGCCUCUAAAGUACCAACUCUGAUUCAUGCUCAUCUUUUUUGUCUGGUGAUAAUUGGAAUAAAAAUAAUAAUGCACAGCCCUGAAAAUAUUUAAGAAUAAAAACAGCUUUAUUUAGCAUGUUAUAUUUUUUACAUUUUAAAUAAAUAAUUCUUAGAUUUGCCUUUUUAAACCAUCACCAUGGUUUUUACAUUGAAAGGUUAUAUAUUUUUUUUCUUGAUGAAACAAUGGGGGUAAAAUCGUUCUAAUCAUAACAUGCAGUUCAUAAAAAUGAGCUAUACACAUAUUUAUCAUUGUGGUAAGUCCUGCUUUUUUAAAAACAGUCCAGUGACAUGCAGUUUCUGCUGCCUUUGGAACCUUUUAACUCUUACUAAAGAAAAGUAAAUCACAGCACAUAUGUAAACAUAUUUUGUUGGAGAUUUUUUUUAAUCUAGUAUGGUUUUUUGGGGGGUAAGGCAUUAUGUGUCUAUUGGGCUUUGUUCCUUUUUUCCUGUCUGUAUUGGUCAAGUAUAUACUGUCCUGAUAGACAUUGUGGAAACAGUGUUCAAAGAUCUUCUGUCAGAUGGGUUCCUGGUUAAAUUAUUUUUUAUUGAUAGUUUCUAAAAAGAUUCUGAAAUGUUUUUCUAAAUAGUUUUCAUGCCUUAAUUUCUGCAGUACUGCCAACAAUUUAUAUGGAAAAGACACAAAAUAAUAAGAGGGCAAACUGGGAAGGUGGAAGAAGGGGUAAAAUGUAUAAAAAUAUUUGGUUUUCUAAUUUGGUAUCAGACCUCUCAUUAAAGGGAAAGAAAAAAGACAAAACCUUUCUCUACCAUUACAAGUCUUACAAAAAGGAUAUUUGUGAUGAGUUUCAAAUUAGUCUCAGAAAAAUGUAAACAUUUUCUAAAAUGUGAUGCUAAAUAUGACUGUUAUGUGUAAUUUGCAGGACAGUAGCGGAAGAGAUUAAAUGAUACGACAGAGUCCCCCUUAAGAUUUGUUUUUUUAGGGGCCACCCCCAGCUGCUACAUGCUAUAAGGUAAUACUGAGCUGCUCAUCUUUAGUUUUCAAACAAUAAUUGAAUGGUUUUUAUUUACAUAUUGUUACUGUUUCCCUUUAUCACCAGUGUACAAACUAUUGAUAGUCAUUAUAAAGGUUUUCAGGAAUAAAUAACAUCUUAAACACUUCCUUGCAACUUUGUUUGUAGAAGUUUUUCUUAAAGGGGCACAUAAACCGAUAUCAACAUAGCUAUAGAGAUACGGUACUUAGGAUAACC